AACACCGCAGGGGAAACUCCUCCUAUCCUCGCGUCCAAUUAAUUAUUGUGGCCUGGUCCUUUAAGACGGAGCAGCGGGUCAGCAACUAGUGUAGAGUUUCUCUAAUUGAACUUCGCCCAAUCAACAAUAACUCGUUAGCGUUCGCUUGAUCUUUUUCGCUCGUUUUUGCCGAGACGCCUUUAUUUUCGUGUGGUGAAACCCCCCUCCCUCCCCAUCCCGCUACCAACCCACCCACCCCUCCGGACAGUGCCCUUCCUCCUUCCUAAACAUCUUCAUGGGACUCUUCAGAAAAAGUUGGACUCGCACACGGGGACUAUGAGAGCGCGGCGCAGCACGCCUGAAGCAGCAUGGUGGAGCUGGAAAAUCCCUUCAGCCUGAAGUCCGACGAUCGCGACUAAACGAGAGCACUACUGAUACGCUACUACUUUUUAUAUAUACAUAUAUAUAUUUAUGAAGAAGGAAGCUCACGCGUCGGUUUGCUCGAGAUAGACCACUUUAUUCGGUGUUGGAAAUCGUGUGUUGUGAGGACUGCGAUGACCUCCAGUAAAGACAUGAAGGCAGGCUCUGUUUUGCAGUCCAGCGGCGAGGACCGGAGACGGGCUCCGUUAGACCAGCUACCGCCCCCCGCCAACUCCAACAAGCCCCUGACCCCCUUCAGUAUCGAGGAUAUUCUCAACAAGCCCUCGGUCAAGAAGUCCGUGGCGAGCCUGUGUCCGCCGCGCGUGCUGGAAAAAGUCAGCGGCUCGAGCGCGCUGCGGAACGGGAUCACCACUCCCUCCUCGCCCCUGUGCGCGCUGGAGGAGCUCGCGAGCAAAACGUUCAAGGGGCUAGAAGUGAGCGUCAUCCAGGCGGCAGAAGGUCGAGAACACAUGAACGCUUUCGGACAGCGGCAGGCCUCGAAGAAGCGACGGAAGUCCCGCACGGCCUUUACCAACCACCAGAUCUAUGAACUGGAGAAGCGCUUCUUGUAUCAGAAAUACCUGUCCCCGGCAGACAGGGACCAGAUAGCCCAGCAGCUGGGCCUGACCAACGCGCAGGUCAUCACCUGGUUCCAGAAUCGGCGCGCCAAACUCAAGCGGGACCUGGAGGAGAUGAAGGCGGACGUGGAAUCUCUCAAGAAAAUCCCAGCGCAUACUCUGCAAAAACUGGUGUCUAUGGAAGACAUAGACGACACCCAGGGCGGCUCAGGCCCAAUCUCCCCCAGUCUAUCCCCCUCGUCGCACGGGCACAGAGCCUUCCCCCAGUCCCCGUCCUCCUCCAGAGGCCAAACCACAGACGAGUUCUCGGAGGAGGAGGAUGAGGAAGAAGAAAUCGAAGUGGACGAUUGAAAAACAAAACAAAAAACAAACAGGCCCACGAGUUUCAGAAAUGGGCAUUUUUCUUUAUUUUUCACUUUUGCACGGACGUUGACUCUGCGGAAGAACUUGAAACAGGAAGGAUGUUGUAUUUUUCCUCUCUCUCUUUCUCUUUAACUCUCUUUCAUGUUUUAAUUUAUUGCAAGGAUUGUAAAAAAAGCCUUCGAAGUGUCCACGUUUGAGACUGAAGACGUGCUUAAGGAGUACAUGUUUCAUUCAGUAGGAUGAUGAUGUAAGAAAUGAUUAGUGAUUGUGGUACAGGAUCACCACUGCAACAUGUGUAUGUACAUUUUUAAGUUUUAUUUUAACACAAACACACACACAUCCACACAGAAAACCUUACGGAAACUUGUGCAGUCAUUUUGUUACGCAGGUCACCAUCGUCAUCGCCAUUUUACAUGGAUGUUCUAGCUGCUAAUGAUACAUAUCUGCCAAAUGUGAUUUUUUUCCCAACAAAUUUCUGAAAUAUAUAGACAUAUUUAUAUUUAUACAGUGUCAAUGGAAUGAUAAAAAUGUCAUUGGAGUCAUAAGCUUAUUGUUUGACCAGAAUUUUCUCAAACACAAAAAAACAAAUUAUUCCCAGGGCUCAGAAACCCCUAUUUCUUCCGUAUUAUUAUUACACGGUUAGUGGCUUUGUAAAACUGGCUGACCUUUAACGAUGCAUAAAAAGCCACUUCAAAAUGAACGGCCAAAUAAGACAGAUAAAUGGGAGGGAGGCGAUUGUGUGUAUAAAUCAUCUUACGAUGCAUUUUACGCGAUAAAGUUAUUGUAACAUUCUAUUUAAUCACCAUGUAAAUAAAGGGAAUAUGAUAUUUCAAA